AUGUCUUCAUCACUACUCCGUUCCGCCAGCCCCAACGUCCGCGUAGACGAUGAUGUCUGGGAUAUGAUCUUUCCUGACGCAAAGACCACAAAGAACAAGAAGGCCGCCGGAGAUACCGCUCAGACCCCCGACCCGAUCACCGCCAAAGACAUUGACAUCCGAGACUGGUACUUCACAGACCGCAAGAAACUCGAGUCCGAGGACAACCGUAUCAAAGUCUUCAUCGACGCCGAGCUCAUUACAACAAUCUCGAAACCACUGUUUCGAGCGACUUCGACAAAGACCGGCGAACUCCUUGUGAACGACACGACCAUACUACUCGCAGCCGUUGAUGCGGAUGCAGUGUCUAGACUCAUCAAAUACCUCGAGGACAUCAUUGCGAAUCCGGGCAUGCUCCCGCCAUUCGUCCUUUGUCUACCCCUGACAAUAUCUCUGGACGUAUGUGCUGCGGCCUCGGCCCUCGGAAUGGACAAAUACGUCGAUGAUCUAUACGCCCAGUGUGAAGACCUCUUGAAAACGUCCCUACCCUCUUGGGCGACUAUCGACGCCAUUACUUCAUAUGCGACAACAACACCGCACUUCUCCCGCCUCUUCCGCAUCAUGAUAAAUAGCCUUGCUUCACGCGUCUGGAAUGAAACAGCCUCCAACGUGGAAGUCUUCCAGAUCCAGUUGACUCCCGUUUUCGACAAGGCGAUCAAAAGGGCGAAUGAGAAAUACAGGACCCUUUCUCAAAGAAGGGUGAUGUAUGAGAGACAUGAGCGCUUUUCGCGCAGAAUGGUAGCAGCUGGGUAUGGAGAAUGGGAUUGGGGGCGGAAGGUGGUUGGGAAGAAAGAUGAGGCGGGGGUUGAGUGGGAUGAGUAUCAUGGGCCUGCUAGGAGAUCGCAUGUAUGA